ACGUGACGGCAAAGGCGUGGGCCAAGGUGGCGCUGCCCAGAAACUUGAGCUGUUCGCGGCGCGGGCCGCAGAGCUAGUGAGAGGCGCGCGGUGCAGACGUGAUCCACGGCAGAAGGGGCAGGCGGUGGACGGUGACCGGACGCGGCUUCCCGGGCCCCGGCGUGGCUCGCUGUGGAGCACCCUGCUGGACGUUGUCAGGGUGAAGCUGCUGCCCUCUGCCUGGCACGCGGUGAGAGCCUCAGAGGCAAGGCGGCCCCAGUCACCCGGCUUCCCGCCGAGCCCAGACCUAGAGACAUGACCCGACGGUGCCCUCGGUCCGUCCCGGAGACCGGGGUUCCGCUGAGCGGAUCGGUACUGGCCGAGGCCGUGGUGGUGUUCACAGUGGUGCUUAGCAUCCACGCAUUGGUGUGGGACCGUUACUCGUGGUGUGCCGUGGCCCUGGCAGUGCAGGCCUUCUACGUCCAGUACAAGUGGGACCGGCUGCUGCAGCAGGGGAACGCCGUCUUCCAGUUCCGGACGUCGGCCAACAGUGGCCUGCUGCCCGCCUCCAUGGUCAUGCCUUUGCUUGGGCUGGUCAUGAAGGAACGCUGCCACACUGCGGGGAACCCGUACUUCGAGCGGUUUGGCAUUGUGGUUGCAGCCACUGGCAUGGCAGUGGCCCUCUUCUCGUCAGUGUUGGCACUGGGCAUCACUCGACCUGUGCCCACCAACACUUGUGCCAUCUCAGGUUUGGCUGGAGGGAUCAUCAUUUAUAUCAUGAAGCACAGCCUCAGCGUGGGUGAGGUAAUCGAGGUCCUGGAAGUCCUACUGGUCUUUGUUUAUCUCAACAUGAUCUUGCUGUACCUGCUGCCCCGCUGCUUCACUCCUGGGGAGGCGUUGCUGGUAUUGGGGGGCAUUAGUUUCGUCCUCAACCAACUCAUCAAGCGCUCUCUGACUGUGGUAGAAAGCCAGGGGGACCCAGUGGACUUCUUCCUGUUGGUGGUGGUGGUGGGGAUGGUGCUGAUGGGUGUCUUCUUCAGCACCCUCUUUGUCUUCAUGGACUCAGGCACCUGGGCUUCCUCUGUCUUCUUCCACCUCAUGAGCUGUGUGCUGGGCCUUGGGGUGGUCCUGCCCUGGUUGCACUGGCUCAUUCGCAGGAACCCCUUGAUCUGGCUUCUUCAGUUCCUCUUCCACACAGAAACCCGCAUCUACCUCCUAGCAUAUUGGUCUUUGCUGGCCACCAUGGCCUGCCUGGUGGUGGUGUACCAGAAUGCCAAGCGUUCAUCCUCUGAGUCCAAGAAGCACCAGGCCCCUACCAUUACUCGAAAGUAUUUCCACUUCAUUGUGGUGGCCACGUACAUCCCGGGUAUUAUCUUUGACCGACCACUGCUGUAUGUGGCAGCCACUGUGUGCCUGGCAGUCUUCAUCUUCCUGGAGUAUGUGCGCUACUUCCGCAUCAAGCCCUUGGGUCACCCCCUGCGGAGCCUUCUCUCCCUCUUCCUGGAUGAAAGAGACAGUGGACCCCUUAUCCUGACACACAUCUACCUGCUUCUGGGCAUGUCUCUUCCCAUUUGGCUGAUUCCCAGACCCUGCACACAGAAGGGAAGUUUGGAAGGAGCAAGGGCCCUGGUCCCCUAUGCCGGGGUCCUGGCUGUGGGUGUGGGGGAUACAGUGGCCUCCAUCUUUGGCAGCACCAUGGGGGAGAUCCGCUGGCCUGGAACGAAGAAGACAUUUGAGGGGACUAUGACAUCUAUAUUUGCACAGAUCAUCUCUGUAGCUCUCAUCUUAAUCUUUGACAGUGGAGUAGACCUCAACUACAGUUAUGCCUGGAUUCUGGGGUCCAUUAGCACUGUGUCCCUCCUGGAAGCAUACACUACUCAGAUAGACAAUCUGCUUUUGCCUCUCUACCUCCUGAUUCUGCUGAUGGCGUAGUAAGAGCAGCAGCAGGGGUGAUGGAGGAGAACAGGGACAUGGAGAGGGAAUGGAUGGCCCCACGGCGCUUGUCACUUGGGCACCAAGAGCCAAACGGUGAGAAGCAGAUUGGGUUUUUCAGUUGACUCAGACUUUAAAAUAAAUUAAAAAAACAAACAAACAAACAAAAAA